CAAAAAUCUCUCUAACAAAAAAAUGGUUAGGCAUUUCAGGAAGACUGAUACACUUGCGAGGCUAUGUAGUAUCGAUGCUGGUGUCUUGAUCAACCCCUCCACAGAUGUUAGUGCUAGGAGAGUAAGAUCUUCAACAAGGCAAACUAGGAUUCUCAAGAAUCAAGCCAAACUUGAUAGUCUCAUGGCAGAAUUGGAACAAAUCAAAGCGUAUGAGAAGGUUUUGAGGAAGGGGCAAGAACAGAACAUCAAAAAGUACAAUAGGAAGGAGAUUUCAGAUCUAAAGUUGGAGGACUUGGUUGUUUUUCAGAAAAAACUCGAAAAUCUCCAAGAUGAUUUAAAGAAGAAACGUGUAGAGCUGGAGGCUUCGUUGUCUCUAUAGUGUCUCUCGAAGAAGAGGGUGGAGUUAUCUUCCCUACAGAAAAACAAAUAAGUUUUGGCCUAAAUUAUUCGGAACUAUUCAAAUAAAAAGAUAUAAUCCCUUAUCUAUUGUCGCUCUUUUUUUCCUUAAAAAAAUUAUCAAACAAUUUUGGUUAUUCGAG